AUGAUAUUACUAAAGACGACAUUCAGCAAAUUCACUAAUGAAGAAUCCAAUCCAUUGCUUAUUGAUAUUGAAGAUGCAGACAAUGAAGGAAACGAACUAGUACAACCUCAGAUUAGAAGAGAAGGACAGAAGAAGUUUUCAACACCUAAGAAGAAAACUAAAAAUCAAACUGGUGGUGUGGGGGAACGUGUUAAUCGCACACCAGCUCAUUCAAUGCGAAGGGAUCUUAAAGUUGUAGUUUUGAGCUCAGAUUCAAGUUUCAUUGAAAGUUAUGACUUGACAGAAGAUAGUGGACUAAAUAGGGAAAAUGAAUUGAGAACAAAAAUACGUUUUGAUAGAUGUAAAACAAAAGGUGAUGAAGUUAUUGUUAUAAACUCAUUUUCAGGAAAAGAUAAUGUUACUGUCAAGAACCUUGACGAAGAUGAAGACUCUGAUUUUGAGGCUGACAUAACUGUGGUAACAAGGAAAAAGAGAAGGCAUCAUACUUCAUUCAAAGAUGAUGACAAAGAAAAUGUGAAGAAAUUUAAAAGACAAAGGAAUAAAGAAGGAAAUGUGUUGAAGCCAAGAAAACAUCCUAAAGUUGUAGCAAGUGGUGCAGAAGAAGCUAAGCGAAUACAAGUACGGACAUCUCCAAAUGUUUUGUACAGUUGUAUGCAUAACCUUAGCAAGGAACAGGAAGCUUAUAUUUCUUCUAUUGGUCUGGGGCAUUUGUUGAAGAUGAAAGUGGAUGGGUGUGCAUCAAUUGGGGGCAUUAUAUUGUAA